AUGGAAAUAUUUUUUGUGCAGCUGUGGAGAAAGAAGAAAGCACUCAAAAAAGAGGUGAAGACCCUUCUCAACGUUAUCCAGGAAGAUGAAGAGGAGCUUCAGCAAUCAGUGAUUCAAAAUCUUACAUCUGCCAGAUCCAAAAGAAGCAAGGUUCUUACUAAUCACCAGGAGGAUAAGAUGCUUGACAACACUGAAGUUUCUCAGGCGUCAAUCUAUAGAAACUUGUGGAUUGAAGCAGAAGCUUCAGCUUGUAAACUCAAAUAUGAGCUUCAACAUGCUCGCCUGAAGCUCGAGACAGCAAAAGGCCUCAACGACACAGUAAAAGCCCCUGACUCAUCAGAAGGCAGUAAAGGCUCUAAUUCAUACAUGUCCAGUAGCAAACCACAGAACCAUGGGAAAGAAACCAUUGCAUGCGCUGCGGCUUGUCAGGGCCAGGGAGGAGAUACUCGUGACAAGCAAUCUCCCGUUGUAAAUAGGAGCAUUUUCAAUGGUGUUGAUGCUGAUGUGUUUGCCCGAUUUAAAGUUUUGCAGUCCCUGAUUGAUAAUGUAAACUCCUUCAGUGAGACUGACUGUGGGGCGCAGCAAGAAGCAAGCAAGAGACCAUAUGCAGUUGAAGAUGCUGUUAUGGCGAGACUGAAAGUUUUGAAGUCUCCUCCUGACAAUAUAACCUCUUUGAGUCUGGAAAGCAACAAACACCAGCUAGAUGCAAGCACAAACAGUGCAGAUAAUGUUGAUGAUGCUGUUAUGGCAAGGCUGGCAAUUUUGGAGUCCCAUCCUAAUAGUGCAGCCCUAUUGGGACAGGAAAACAGCAAGCAACGACUGGAUGCGAGAACAAAUAGAGAAGAUGGGACUGAUGAUGCUGUUAUGGCUAGGCUGAGAAUUUUGAAGUCUCGACCUGAAAAUCAAACCUCAAUGGGUGAUGCCAACAAAGAGCAGCAAGACGCAUGUAUAGUGAUCAAUUAA